CAGACGGCGGCUCGGGCGGCCACACCGCGUCCUCGCGCCCCGCCGGCCGGCCCCGCCGACCAUGCCGCCGCCCGCGCCGCCCACCGACCUGGUGCCGUCGGAGCGCGCCGUGGUGCUGCUGUCGUGCGCGCUGUCCGCGCUGGGCUCCGGCCUGCUGGUGGCCACGCACGCCCUGUGGCCCGACCUGCGCAGCCGGGCGCGGCGCCUGCUGCUCUUCCUGUCGCUGGCCGACCUGCUCUCCGCCGCCUCCUACUUCUACGGGGUGCUGCGGGACUUCGCCGACUCCUCGUGGGACUGCGUGCUGCAGGGCGCCCUGUCCACCUUCGCCAACACCAGCUCCUUCUUCUGGACCGUGGCCAUCGCGCUCUACCUGUACCUCAGCAUCGUCCGCGCCGCGCAGGGCCCGAGGGCCAGCCACCUGCUCUGGGCCUUCCACAUCGUCAGCUGGGGGGUCCCGCUGGCCAUCACCGCGGCCGCCGUGGCGCUGAGGAAGAUCGGCUACGACGCGUCCGACGUGUCCGUGGGCUGGUGCUGGAUCGACCUGCGCGCGGAGGACCGCGUGCUCUGGAUGCUGCUGACCGGGAAGCUGUGGGAGCUCCUGGCCUACGUGCUGCUGCCCCUGCUCUACCUCCUCAUCAGGAAGCACAUCAGCCGCGCGCACCAGGCGCUGUCUGAGUACCGGCCCAUCCUCUCCGACGCGCACCGGCUGCAGCACCACGCCUCUGUGGCCGACAAGAAGCUGGUCCUCAUCCCGCUCAUCUUCAUCUGCCUCCGAGUCUGGAGCACCGUGCGCUUCGUGCUGACCCUCUGCGGCUCCCCGGCCGUGCGGACCCCCGUGCUGGUGGUUCUGCAUGGCAUCGGGAACACGUUCCAGGGAGGCGCCAACUGCAUCAUGUUUGUGCUCUGCACCCAAGCCGUCCGCACGCGCCUCUUCUCCCUCUGCUGCUGGGGCCGGGCCCAGCCCCCCACUAGAAGCCCAGCUGGCCCUCCCCAGGCCACUGCAUCCUCCAGGACAGGUGGCUCUCAGGGCACCAGAUGGACCCCAGCCGAACUUCCCAGCAGCUGAGCCUCCCCCUACCCCCACCCCCGGUUCUGCACAUCGGUGCUGCCUGCUGGGACCCUGAGGCCCUGCGCCCUUUGACUGUGGAAGCUCUCGACCCCCUCCUGGGAGCAGCUGCAAACUCAGCCUCUUCUACCUCUUAAGACCCCUGGGUGGCUUGAUUCCCCUGACUCCCGGGCCCACCACGGGGUGGGCCUCUGUCUGCGUGAGGGUCUGCACUGAGACUAUGGGAAUCGGGCAGGCGGGACCACCCCGCCAGGCAGCCGUGCCCCAUGAUCACGGGCCCCUCGUCUUCACUGUUUACAAUUUGAGGGACUCACCCCUCAUCCCCGCAGAAAAAGCACUGUACCCUGUGCCCCCCACCCCAGUCCUCAAUAACACGUGGGGGCCUGCGGCAACCCCACCUGGAUGCUGAGGCAGCGCUGCGGCCAGCAGAAGAGCCAGCCCCCUUCACCAGGGUGCGGCCCUGCCUCCCCAGCCCCCCAA